AUGACAGCUUCAUCUAGACCAGAUGCAAAUCAAAAUAAUUCUCCGAGAGGAAAAUCCUUAGAAAAUGAUUUAAAACAGCUACUUUAUGAUAAAAGGUUCUUUGACAUUAAGUUAAGAUGUUCAGAUGAAGUUGUCAUAAAUGCUUGUAAAGCCAUCUUAUCCAAUCGUUGCAACGUAUUUAAUAAUCUUAUUUUUGAUGAGUGUGGAAAAAUUAAUAAUGAUAUUAAAUUUUACGAAAUUAAUUCAACAGCAAUGAAUAUUUUACUUGAAUUUUUAUAUACUUCUAAAGUUGAAAAAGAAAGAUUAACAGUUGAAAAUGUUGUUGAAGUUUAUUAUGCAGCAAUAUAUUUUGAAUUAGAUGUUCUUCAGAAACGUAUUAUAGAAUUUAUUAAACAAUCUUUGGAAGAAAGAGAUGAAGAUUUAGGGAAAAAACUUUUAUCCCAAUUUGUCGAAAAAUUUUCCACAGAUGCAGAUAAUGAGAUGGCUCAGGUUUUGGUCGAUUGGGUUGCAAAAAUUAAAUUAGUUCCUAUAGAUGACUCAUUAUCAUUGUUUGGAUUAAAAUACCUUUUAUGUAAGACUUUCAGAGUUAGAAAACCUUUUGCGACUACAGAAUUUUCUAUCUGGGAAUAUGCCAUGAAUAAGGUUAAGAGAAUAGUUAUAAAGACAAAUUCAACGAUGCAAAAUUAUCCAUUUAAUAUGGAUUAUGAACCAAAUGUAAUUCAAGAAAUUAAAGAUCAUUUAAAACCAUUACUUCCUUAUCUUGAUUUGUGUCGAAUGGAAUCAAAUGAAAUCGCUGAUUAUGUUGAACCUUUGGAUAUUUUUCCUACACAGAAAUUAUUGGAUACUUAUCGUCGAAUGUCUCAGCAGUCUCAGUCUCAGUCUCAAGGAAGUAGAAAUUUGGAAACGAAUGAAUUAGCAUGUAUUCGAGGAAUUCCUAUUUUUAGAUGGAUGUUGCAAUCCGAUGAUACGAGUAUAAACAUUUCAAAAGAUGGAUUUAAACUUGAAGUUAACCAGCUGCAAAAUUCUGUUAAAUUUAGAACUGGAGAUAUCAUUUUUAAAGGUAGCGGAUUAUAUGAAUGGGAUAUUGUAAUCAAAAAAUUGAGUAAAAUUAUUUAUAUUGGCAUAUGUAGUAUUGAUGAGGAUGUUAAUAAAAAUGAAAUAGAUUAUCAUGGAUAUUGUGGGUGGGUUCUUGGUUCUGAUGGUUACGUUUAUCAUAAGAAAGACUGGAAAUGGUAUGAUGCAAGAUUUAAAGAAAGUGAUAUUGUUACCGUUCAUUUAGAUAUGACAAAGAAAUCAUGUUCUUUCUCAGUUAAUGGUAUAAGACGACCAAAUGUUUCCGAAUGGACAAAUAUUUCUUCUGAAGUUCGUCCUGUUGUUUCAAUAAGACAAAGUGGCAAGUUACAUGUACAACCUCAUAUUUAA